AAAUGUUUUACAGUCCGAGUUCAUGCAGACGUUUUCAACGUAACUAUGUAUAAAACUGAGUUUCUUUCAGUUAUCCUAGGCUUGCUUCUGAACGUCACAGAUGUAUCGGCCUUGCAAUGUUUCAACUGCUCAAACAUCAGCGAUCCAAGCGCCUGCAACACUACAAUCAUGUGUAACUCUGACGAAGCUUGUUACCAGGACUCAGUUAUCUCAGGACAGUCUAAAACAAUCACUCUCGGUUGUAUACAUAUUAAGCAAUGCGGUGUGACAACAAGCGGUCCUGGAACUCUGAUUGGUCGAGAUGUCAGCAGACGACAAAACAAUCAGUGUCACGAAUGUUGUUCUACAGACCGUUGCAACGAACUCCUAUGCGCCCGUCGAAAUCCGGCUGAUUGCAUCGAUGAUGAAACAAUAGACUGCUCACGGAUGAAUUCAGUGUUUGGAAUCUGCAAGGACAUUAGUCAUGCAAAAGCGUUGUGCCCUCAUUUCUGCGGAUUGUGUGAUGUUGUGGACGGUGUUUGGACGGAAUGGACACCAUGGUCUACAUGUGACGUCACUUGUGAAACAGGAACCCAGUCAAGGGCAAGGACGUGUACAAACCCAGCAACAGCUCAUGGUGGUUUAGACUGUAUUGGCGACAAGGCACAAACUAAACAAUGUCACAAGCAGCUUUGUCCUGUGCACGGAGGGUGGAGCGCCUGGAAAGCAUGGGGAACCUGUUCGGUGACAUGUGGUAUCGGCAUACAAAGACGACAACGCACGUGUACAAACCCAGCACCCCAGCGGUUUGGCGACCACUGUUUCGGUUUGAGCUUGGAUGACCGGCUGUGCAUGUCUAUAGCAUGUUCAAAUGGCGGAUGGACAGCCUGGAGAUCCUGGGGAAGUUGUAGUAUCACCUGUGGAGGAGGUUUCCGUUCACGGUCUAGAACCUGUACAAAUCCGAUAACCUCUCUUAGCGGCAAACACUGUAAAGGCGAUACAAUACAAGUAGGAGCAUGUAGCAACACCGUUUGCAAAGGACCUAAUGUUGCAUUCCGAAGUAAGGACUCCCGCAUUCCGGGCAAACUAUCGUAUUCAAGACAGCCACACUGAACGAAGGCAGCGGCUACGAUAAGACCACAGGGAUAUUUACAGCACCAGUAGCAGGAACAUAUUUGUUCUCAAUACAGCUGUGUGUUAAAUUAGGACAUGAUGUUGAUUACGCUAUAGUUGUAGACGGCGUGAAUGUAAAAGUAGGUCAUUUUGCUGACGAAACCUGGCAACUGUGCUACACAGCAGACACUGUCGCCAUUUUACGUUCCGGAAGCCGUGUUUGGGUGAAAUGUAUUUAUGACACGUGUUAUCUAGCUAACGCUACUAAAGGUACUUAUUAUUCUAACACAUUUUCUGGUGUGUUGAUUCACACAUAAAAUCCAAUUGUUUUUUCAAUAGAUAGGUACAAUACAAUGUAUUUUUUGUAUUCCAUUGUUGCUUUUAAUACAGGUGUCAUGUUAAAAAGGAGUGAUUUCAUUACUUUCCUGAAAUACGUUUUGUAUUCAGUAUUCAUCUGGCAUACCUUUCAUGUUUAUUUUUCUGUAAAGGCAUUUAUCCGAUUAGCUAUAGUGAAAUACAAUACAUCUUUUUUAAAAGUGAUAGAAAUUUACAUCGCCGGCGUAUGAAGACUAUCGCUAUAAGUCGCAUGGGUUUUUUAGACGACUGUCGUAGAGAAAUGUAGCGACAGUAAUUUAAAAUAUUUUCAGUUUUUGUGAACAUUCAAAAUUGAAAAAAGAAAGAAAGUAAAAAUUGCUUUUAUUUAAACUGAUAAAAUUGUACAUAGAUAAAUUCUUGCUUUGAUGUUUCAAUAUUAUUACUAAUUAUAGUUUGGUAAGUCACACUUGACUGAGCUAUUGAUAUCGAAAGCUGUUGUCAUUACAAGCUGGCCAGUAAAACUCCGUGACCUUAGAAAUAAACUCUGACGUUAAAACUAUUCUUUCCUAAUUGAAACGACUCUCUCACUGAACGCAUUCAUGGAUUACAUAUUACUAAACCCGAGGAUGGUAGACUGAUUUUUUUUCGGCGACGCCGUCUAAAUUCGUUUUCGUUACCUAUGCCACGUGACUUCAGUUUGCAAAUCAAACUGCUUGUUAACGCAUUAUAGAUAAUUUAUCAAAAUGGAAGAUUUAUGCAACACUCUGCCUGAUUGGACGAGAGUGUCAAUUUCUUUCACUCUGUUGAUUGUGCUACGCUGAGUGAAAUGUAGCAGAGCGUUUAUCCUAAACGACGCUGUUCACAGUUUUAAAGCUAACUUUGGCUCAGUAUAUUUAGCAAGAAUAUUGAUAUAUCUCAAAAUGAUAAGAAAGUUUAAUAAAUAUGAUAAAAACCUGUUCAAAUACCAACAUAUAUCAGAUUAAAGAAAGAGCUGAAUACGGUCUGCGUAUCACAUGAAUAAGGGUGUGAUAAGAGUCUUUUAUGUAGAGAAGUGCUUUUUAAAAGAUUUUCCUUGUUACAGUUGUCGUCUGUAUAUGAAAAGAUUUCUUGCUUUUGUGACUUAUUCAGAUUGCAUAUUAAAAUGAGUACUUGUUUGCUUUGAUAUAUUUGUUAUAAAUUAUUUAACUGAUUUAUUACAUAUGAAUAUUUUUCUUUAGUAUGGUAUGCAAAUAUUGAACUCAGUUGAAAUCUGUUUCAUUAUAUAUAUGCUAUAUAAUGACUGAAUCUCAUUACACUGAAAUGAAGGUACGCUGCAUACAGUUUAUCUAUGUGAUAUGACUACGGUCAAACUUUGCUUAUGAAACAGAAAUAUUGAAAUAAUUCCAAUUGUAUGUUUUGCUUGACCUUCACUUUUUUAUAGGUGUGACGUCAUUGUCCAAAGAUUCAUGAAUAGCGAAUAUGCAUUUGUUAAAGCGGGAUCAGUUGGCCUAUUUUAGAAAUAAAUAAAAAUAAUAAAUAAAAAAAAUCCUUUAAUUGAUUUUUUCUCAUGUAUUCUAAUCAAACUUGAUUUGUAGCAUCUUUAUUAGGCCCGCAGCCAACUUU